AAGGACGCCAUUAAAUAUUUAUAUGGGAAACACCUAACUGUUUGAUGAUGGAAAACAUAUGUAAAGGAUAUAUUUAGAGACGUAGAGAGAAGCAUUACUGUGCUCUUAUAACAGCUAUGGACAAGAUAGUCGACAAUUGUCCCCAAAACCUGACAGAGACAUUGGAAGCCUCUACACGACUUGGCUGUGGUCGUGACAAGUAUGGAAAUGAUCAGUAUAUGUGUCUCCCUAACUUAAAGACAACGAGUCUGGUAGAAUUCUGUCACGAUGGUAUCAUGGGCUUUAUAGAAAGAGGUAAUUGUUUGAAAACUGCAGAGAGUAAAAUUUUUACAAACAAAUGUUCCAAUUUUGUUUCGGGCUGUCCAGAUGUAGACUUCCGCAGUAACGAAAUCUACAAUUAUCCUGCUUGCCAAAACAUUAGUACAGGACAUCGUUGUUAUCUUGCCGAUCCAUAUUGUGCAAAUGUGUAA